AUGAUCCGCCCCUUAACAGACUUAUCCAGCAACAACCUUUUUACCAUACCGAAGACAUUCCCAUGUCUAGGAAAAAGCGAAAUACUCCAUUCCAACCAGGCCACUCCCUCCUUUACGGCCUUCGUCCCGUGCAGAGGGAUGACACUACUCAGGCUGUCGUCUCCGUCGCAUGCAGUUUUUGUGAAAAGUUUGGACGCGAGGAGAAGGCCGGCGCAAAGCGCAGAGCCACUCAAAGGGUCAAACAUUUUAAGCAACCAUUCCGAACUGAAAACUACCAUCAACACCACUCUGGUCAGCAUCGCACAAGAUGGGCUGAAUACAAACAACUUACCGCAGAAAAAAAAGUCGCUUAUCUCUCCUCCCCUGGUGAGAUUCAGGGUCACGAGGCUUACGCCCAUAUAUCAGACUUAG